CAGAAGAGACUAAGUAGCGGUACUUGUUAUUUUUACGAAAGAUUUCGAUUUCUUCGUAAGAUAUCCAAAAAAUAUGUUGUUAAUUAAUUAACUAAAUCAGCAAAAUGUCCUCCGAGUCCGUCACAAUCAAGAAAGAGCCCGACAUCGAGCCGGCAGUGCAGCAAAAUGUGGGUCAUAACGGUGAUAUGUCCCAACCAGAAUUUGUCAACAUUAAGAUCGAAAUUGAACCUCAUCAUCCCGAAAUUAGUAUAAAAACCGAGCCCACAUCAGACAACGAGGAAGAUAUUCAGCAAAACCUGUGGCAUGUUCCACCUGCUCCGGUCUCGGUGAAGACGGAGCCACUGGACUACACCAUCAACAGACCACUACUGCCAGACUGCGUCGCAAGGCCGGUGCAGCUGAUUGUCGCGCCCAUUAUAUACGAACCAAACACAUCCGAGUCACAGCAUGAGGACGAAAUCCAGCCGACGCGUUUGCUGAACGGAGAAUACGUGUGUCCAAUAUGUAAAAAGAUGUUUACCACCAAAGGUCAUGCCCAAAGACACAUAGCGCUGCACUCCAGGAGGAGUCACCCGUGCCAUUCGUGCGGGAAAACUUUCACUCGCGAGGAGUUACUACAGAAACACGUAGCGACCCAGCACGAGAGGACAUACCCUUGCGAUGAAUGCCCCAAAGUAUUCCGAACGUCUUCAAACCUCCAACAACACAAGAAGAGCCACUUGAAAGACAAACCGUACUUCUGCGACAAGUGUCACAGAUACUUCGCCAUCAAGGCCAACCUGACCAAACACCAGGGGAAGAGCCGCUGCAAGAGGCCAAUAGACGAGCCGAUACAAUGCCACGUCUGCCACAAGAUAUUCCAAAAGGAGUUCCUACUAAAAAGUCAUCUAAGAAGGCACACUAGCGAGAAACCGUACUCUUGUGACGAAUGCAAAAUGAAUUUCAAAUAUAAGAGUACAUUAAUUCGCCACGUGCAAAUACAUAAAGAGGACAAGCCAUUCACUUGCGACGUUUGCGAUAAACCUUUCACACACCCCGGCCUGAUCAAACCCCACAUGAGGAUCCAUACUGGUGAAAAGCCGUACGAGUGUCCAGUGUGCAAAAAGAAGUUCUCACAUAAACAUAACAUGCAGAGACAUUCGGUUAGACACGAGAAGGUUAAACAUACAACGUGUAAUAUCUGCAAUAAGAAGUUCCCCAAAGAGAGCCGUUUGAAAUAUCACAUGAGAGUGCACAGCGAUGAAAAGUUACAGUUUGUCUGUCAGUUUUGCCCGAAGAAGUUCUCUCACAAACAGAACAUUGUGAGGCAUUACAGCAAGAAGCAUCCGGAGCAUAGUUAUAAUGAGAAGUUGACGGACGCUGGGGUCGCUUUGAAAAUUUGGCAGGAAGUGUUGAGGAAGAAUGAGUUGGUCGGCAAGAAUGAUAUUAUGAUUAAAGAGGAGAGUGAGAGAGGAGUCGUUGGACAGAAGAGUGAGAAGGGAAUGGAGAAUGAGAUUUUAAUAAAAACUGAACCGAAAACGGAGAUAGAUGUGGUUGUUAAGCAGGAAGUAAUCGAUGAUUUGUAUUAGUGCAUUUAAAUAUUUAUACGUUGGGAUAGGCAGUUGUUACAGAUCAAAACUUUCCUUUUUUUUUGUUAUACUUUAUAUUAAAACGUUAUGGUGAUUUCAGUCACUAGUAAUUACUUACAUAAUAUAUACAUAUGAAGUAUAUAGUGCCGUGAGGUUCAAGGCAGCAAUAAAAAAAAAGGACAGGAUCACUCCAUCGCGUUUACAUCCAUUCCAUCAUGGAUGUCGUAAAAGGCUGCUAAGAGAUAAGCUUAUAAACUUGGGACUCUUCUUUUAGGCGAUGGGCUAGCAACCUGUCACCAUUUGAAUCUCAAUUCUAUCAUUAAGCCAAAUAGCUGAACGCUAUUUUUUUCCAAUAUCUUUCAUAUAUACACACACAUCGCUCAGUUUCAAUGGAUAUGGAUUCUAGACAAGAUUUUCUCACAUUUAGCAAAAACAAUGGUCUAGAAAAAAAAUAUAGUUUAUGUUCUAAGUUCAUAAAUAAAAAGAAAAUAUAUCACAACUUUUUUUUUUAUAUUAGUGAGAUGUCAGAUUUUAUAAGUCAUAGAUUUAUUAUAUCUGUGUAAGUAUAGACACUGUUAAGUAAAUAUUUAAAGAUUUUUUUUAAUGUUCCUGUAAGUUAAAAUGCAAUAUUAGAUAAGAUUUGUGAUAAG